UAGUGUUGGCAUAGAGAGGGCUGUAGGAAGGGAUAUAGGAGCUCAGAGAAGCACAGUCCUCUUAGAGGGAACAGAGGAAUCAAAUAUGAAUGGGGAUAAUAAUGAAUGGUGGGGGAUAGAAAAAUCAAAUGGGACUAGGAAAAGGCGAUGACUGAAUAACCGAUAGUAAGCAGAAAAGAAACCACACUGAGGAGAAUGGAAAGUUGGAAUUAGAGCGUGAAGGAGGAGGUUGACAAGCAGGGAAGGAGACCCCUCUGGAGGUGGAAAAAGGCAGGACCACUUCCGGCUGGGGAGGGGAAGCCAACAAGCUCAGACCUAAGGAGAAGCUUGGAGAGAGCGGACGCCUUCUGGACUCCAGAGAACGAGAUAUUUUGAGUCAAUCUGAAGGAAAUUGAUAAGCAAAGUAGAUUGUAUAUUCUCAUCCGCACUCAGGAAUCUUCUGCAGGCAUACUAGGAACGACUAAGGAUUCACCAAAGCUAGGUCUCCUCAUGGUGCUUCUUAGCAUCAUCUUUAUGAAUGAAAAUCGGUCCAGUGAGGCUGUCAUCUGGGAGGUGCUGCGCAAGCUGGGGCUGCGCCCUGGGGUAAGGCACUCGCUCUUUGGGGAAGUAAGGAAGCUCAUCACAGACAAAUUUGUGAAGCAGAAGUACGCCAAGGACUGGGCUGCUCAGUGCCGGGAGGCAGUGGAGAUGGAAGUCCAAGCUGCAGCUGUGGCUGCGGCUGAGACUGAGGCAAGGGCUGAGGCAAGAGCCCAAAUGGGGAUUGGAGAGGAAGCUGUGGCUGGGCCCUGGAAUUGGGAUGACAUGGAUAUCGACUGCCUAACAAGGGAAGAGUUAGGCGAUGAUGCUCAGUCCUGGAACAGAUUUUCAUUUGAAAUUGAGACCAGAGCUCAAGAAAAUGCAGAAGCCAGCACCAACAUCGACUUCAGCAGAGGAGUUAGCACCAGGGCUACCUUCAGCGAUAGCGCUUGUAUUAGCUUCAGUGGUGUGCCCAGUCCCAGUGGUGGCUUUGGUGGCAGAGCUGGCACUAGCUUUGGUGGCACACCCAAGACCAGUGCCAGCUUCAGCAGCACAGCCAGCAUUUGCUUUAGUGGCAUACCCAGCACUAGCACUAGUUUCAGCGGUGCAGCCAGCAUUAGCUUCAGUGGUGCAGCGAGCACCAACUCUAGUUUCAACAGUGAAGCCUGCAUUAGCUUUGGUGGCACACCUUGUACCAGUGCCGGCUUUGGUGGUGGGGUCAGCUCCAGUUUCAGUGUCCCACUCAGCAGCAGUCCUGGUUUCAGUGGUGGAACCAGCUCUGGCUUUGGAGGCACACUCAGCACCACUGCUGGUUUCAGUGGUGCACUCAUUACCAGUAGCAGUUUUGGCAGUCUACCCAGAACUAGCACAGUCUUUAGUGGGGCACUUAGCACCAGCACUGGAUUCGGUGGCACACUGAGCACUAGUGUCUGCUUUGGUGGCUCUCCCAGCUCCGGUGCCAGCUUCGGUGGCACACUUAAUACCAGUAUCUGCUUUGGCAGCUCUCCUAGCACCACCAAUGGUUUUGAUGGAGUACUCAGCACCAGUGUCUCCUUUGGUGGUUCUUCCAGCACCAGCGCUGACUUUGGUGGCACACUAAGCACCAGUAUCUGCUUUGGUGGCUCUCCCAGCACUGGUGCCAGCUUUGGUGGUGCAUUCAGCACCAGUGUUGGUUUUGGUGGUGCACUCAACACCAGUGCUGGUUUUAACAGUGCUGUUAGCACUAGUGCCAGCUUCAGCAGUGCACCCAGCACCAUCUCUGGCUUUGGCAGUGUGUUCAGCACCAGUGCUGACUUCAGUGGGGCACUUACCACUACUACUGACUUUGGCAUUACUCCCAGUACCAGCAUUGGCUUUGGUGGAGUUCCUAGCACCAGCCUCUGUUUUGGCAGUGUGUCUAACGCCAACCUAUGCUUUGGUGGCCCUCCUAGCACUAGUGCCUGCUUUAGUGGUGUUACCACUGCUAGUUUUGGUGAUGGAUCCCGUACCACUGCUGGUUUCAUCUUUGGCAGUGGGUUAAACAGCAGUGCUGGAUUUAGUGGUGGACUGAGCACUAGUGCUGGCUUCAGUAGUGGACUAGGGACCAGUGCUAUCUUUGGUAGUGGACUGAGCACCAGUGCUGGCUUUGGUGGUGGACUGAUCUCAAGCGAUGGCUUUGGUGAUGGACUGGGCACCAAUGCUGGUUUUAGCAGCACACUUGGCACAAGUGCUGGCUUUAGUGGUGGCCUCAGCAUCAGUGAUGGCUUUGGUGCUGGGUUUAAUAACAGCUUCAACGGAGGACCAAGUACCAUCAUUGGCUUUGGCAGUGGUUCCAACACCAGCACAGGCUUUAUUGGCGAACCCUGCACCAGCACCAGCUUCAAUGGUGGACCCAGUUCUAUCAUUGGCUUCAGCAGUGGACCAAGCACAGGUGCUGGCUUCAGCAGUGGACCAAGCAGUGGUGCUGGCUUUGGCGGUGGACCAAGAAAUGGUGCUGGCUUUGGUGGUGGAGCCACCAGCCUUGGUGCCUGUAGCUUCUCCUAUGGCUAGUGAGGUUUCAGGUUUAUUUCCCAGGUUUACAGAUAUGGCUAAUGAAUUGCAGCAGUUCUUCCCAAGGAACCAAGGUACAUCCUUGGAAUUUUUGUCCACACAGCAGUAUAAGCAGAUAUUAUCA